CCCCCCGGAGCGCCUGACUGAACCGCAGCCCCAGCUUCACUCCCAGUCCCGCAGAUCUCCAUUUUCUUCUUUCUACUUAUUCCGCUUCAGAGGAGUAAAGACUUGGAAAAAUGAAUGAAGAUUACGACGUUAUCGUCCUGGGCACCGGACUCACGGAAUGCAUUUUAUCAGGCAUCAUGUCGGUGAAGGGGAAGAAGGUUCUCCACAUGGACCGCAACUCCUACUACGGAGCUGAGAGCGCCUCCAUCACGCCUCUUGACGAUCUCUACAAGCGCUUCGGCCUUCCUGGCAAACCUCCUGAGUCGAUGGGAAAACCCCGCGACUGGAACGUGGACCUCAUCCCUAAAUUCCUCAUGGCCAACGGUCAGCUGGUGCGCAUGCUGCUGAUCACAAAGGUGACUCAGUACCUGGAUUUCAAGGUGGUUGACGGCAGCUAUGUGUACAGGAAGGGCAAAGUCCAUAAAGUGCCCUCCACUGAGACUGAGGCUCUGUCAUCGAGUCUCUUGGGAUUGCUUGAGAAACGGCGCUUCAGAAACUUCCUUUUGUUUGUCACCAACUUCGACGAGAACGACCCCAAAACCAUGUGCGGCUUUGACCCACAAAAGACAAAUAUGAAGACAAUUUUCCAGUAUUUUAAACUGCAAGCGGACACCAUAGACUUCACUGGCCACUCCCUCGCCCUCUACCGUACAGACGAUUACAUGGAACAACCUUGCAUUGAAACGAUAAACAGGAUCAAGCUUUACAGUGAGUCACUGGCCAGAUAUGGCAAGAGCCCGUACCUCUACCCACUGUACGGCCUGGGAGAGCUGCCACAGGGGUUUGCCAGGUUGAGUGCUAUCUACGGAGGGACGUACAUGUUGAACAAGCCCAUUGAUGAGAUCGUGAUAGAGAAUGGGAAGGUGGUGGGAGUCAAGUCGGAGGGAGAGAUGGCCAGGUGCAAGCAGCUGAUCUGCGACCCCAGCUACAUUACGGACCGCGUCAACAAGGUGGGUCAGGUGAUCAGAGCCAUCUGCAUCUUGAAUCACCCCAUCCCCAACACCAACGACGUCAGCUCCUGCCAGAUCAUCAUCCCCCAGAAUCAGGUCAACAGGAAGCAUGACAUCUACGUUUGUAUGAUCUCCUUCGCUCACAACGUGGCAGCCAAAGGUAAAUAUAUCGCCAUUGCCAGCACCACGGUGGAGACAAACGACCCUGAGUCGGAGAUCAAGCCAGCCCUGGACCUCCUGCAGCCCAUUGAGCAGAAGUUUGUCAGCAUCAGUGACCAGUAUGUCCCCACUGACAUUGGCACAGACAGCCAGAUUUUCAUCUCCAAAUCUUACGAUGCCACGACUCACUUUGAGACCACCUGCGACGACAUCAAGGACAUCUACAAGAGGAUGACGGGCGCAGAGUUUGACUUUAACGAGAUGGAGCGCAAGAAGCAGGACACCUUCGGCGACGCCGUCGAGUAGAGGCGAGGCAUCCGCGACACUCCCGAUUAUCAAAGACAACUGAAAUCUUACAAAAAAAAAUAGAAAACCUACACAAAAAUGUACACACCAAUGGGCUCGCUGAUCAUCCGAGUAUAUGGUUUUUGCCCAUUGAGGAAGUUGAUAUAUAGAGAAAUGAUAUAGUAUUGUUGGAUAGGGUUCUGGGAGGGAGCUUUCUCAAAUUCAGAGGGAUGUUGCACUAAUACACAGUAAUAAUAACCCGACAUUCUUCUGCUUCAUCAUGCUGAGAUGAUGCAUUGUCCAAAGAUGCCAAAUCACAUGAUUCAUAAUCAAUAGUUAUCUUACAGAGUGGAUAUAUGUGUAUGCGGGAGGGAGGGAGGGGGUGGGGGUUCAGUUUUUCUGUCAUUGUAUAAAAAGCGUUUGGAAGAUAAAUAUCUAUACAUCAGUUAUUGGUCUCUACAAGUAUUUUUUUAAUGUCAGAGUGAGAGAGAGAAGUGGCUUGGCUUUGCGUCUGAAUCAUUUGAGUAACGGAGUGUUUUUGCAUAGAACGUGGCGAGCACACUCAGGUCCAGCAACAAGCAGACAUCCGUGCGAGGCGUCAGCCGUUCAAGCACGUAAAGGCUGUUUUUGUGUCUUUUCACUCAGACACACUAAAAAGCCAAGCCACAAGUCCAGCUUAAACUACCCAAACCCAACAGCUCUAGCUACAAUAACACAUAUUUUAGUUAGUGUAUCAUGCAAAGUGAUGGGAGAGCCGAGCAUUAACAGCGAGAUUAAAGGCGAGAGUGGUUGACUGUAAUUGCUUAAGAAGGACCAAAUGUGUACUGCAGCAGUAUUGAAUUGAUGAGAGCCCUGUGAUAUUGUCUAGAACAACUUUAAAAAAAAAUCCUCUUGGGCUCAAAUGAUUUCUGUACUGCAAAGUAAAAACAACUUUGUCAAAAACCAAA